AUGGAGCUCUCAAUUCAAAAUCUCCUUCCGUCAUACUCAAAAACAACACCAAUUUACACCACGCGCCUCAUCCUUCGGCCAUUCCAAUGGACUGACCUCGAGUCUCUACACAAGCUUCGCACAGCACCAGAGGUUAUGCAAUGGACAAGUCAAGGAACGAUAGACUCUUCGACUCAACAAACCCGUGAUUGGAUGCAAAAUUUUAUCGACGACGCUGAGGUUGCGCGACAAAACUUCAACUUUGUCGUCACUCUUCGAACUGACAACAGUGAUGACCCGGCCAACUCUAAGCUGAUCGGUGUCUGUGGCCUGGUUGCCUUGGAUUCUCUGCCAGUAUCUCCCCUCCCGAUACUUGGAUAUAUGUUUUUACCAGAAGCCUGGGGCAAAGGAUAUGCAACUGAAACUGUCCUUGGCUUCCAGCAAGAAUGGCGGCGUCUUGUUGACUUGGCUCAGCAAAUUCACUCUAUCCCACCACAGUUGGUGGAAGAAUUGUACAAAAUACGGGCUAUCACUCUUGAAAGUAACGUGGCAAGUGCAGGUGUGCUUCGAAAAUGUGGCUGGGCUAUGUAUGAAAAGGUGGACGAGGAGGAUAAAUCGCUUCUGAGGUGGAUUCUCGAUCAACAACUUGCUAAGCCUUGA